AUGGUGGUGUCUCGCAAACCCCUUCUCUAACCCCCAUCGUCGUCUGCUCCUCCACGAGAUCUCGCCGAGCCCGAGCGCAUGGCAUUCCAGGCGUCGCACAGCGCAUCGCCGUCGGCGCCGCCCGCCCGCGCCGCCGCGCAGAGGAGGAGUAAUGGGGUGUCGCCGGUGGUGGCCAUGGCCUCCACCAUCAACAGGGUCAAGACUGCUAAGAAGCCCUACACUCCUCCACGUGAAGUUCAUCUCCAAGUGAAGCAUUCACUGCCACCCCAGAAGCGGGAGAUUUUCGAUUCGCUUCAACCUUGGGCCAAAGAGAACCUUUUGAACCUCCUGAAGCCUGUUGAGAAGUCAUGGCAGCCACAGGACUUCCUGCCAGAACCUUCUUCUGAUGGGUUUUAUGAUGAAGUAAAAGAGCUGCGGGAGAGGGCUAAGGAGAUCCCUGAUGACUACUUUGUUUGCUUAGUUGGAGACAUGGUUACUGAGGAAGCUCUCCCUACCUACCAAACAAUGCUUAACACCCUUGAUGGUGUCCGAGAUGAAACUGGUGCAAGCCCAACCACCUGGGCUGUUUGGACAAGAGCAUGGACCGCUGAAGAGAACAGGCAUGGCGAUCUUCUUAAUAAGUACAUGUACCUUACUGGACGUGUUGACAUGAAACAAAUUGAGAAGACAAUACAAUACCUGAUUGGAUCUGGGAUGGAUCCAGGAACCGAGAAUAAUCCCUACUUGGGUUUCCUUUACACAUCAUUUCAAGAAAGGGCUACGUUUAUAUCCCAUGGCAACACUGCAAGGCACGCAAAGGAGUAUGGGGACCUAAAGCUGGCUCAGAUUUGUGGAACAAUAGCAGCUGAUGAGAAGCGCCAUGAGACAGCUUACACCAAGAUAGUGGAGAAGCUCUUUGAGUUUGAUCCUGACUACACAGUUCUUGCAUUCGCGGACAUGAUGAGGAAGAAGAUCUCAAUGCCUGCUCAUCUCAUGUAUGAUGGAAAGGACGACAACUUGUUUGAACAUUUCAGUGCGGUGGCACAACGGCUGGGCGUCUACACUGCAAAAGACUAUGCUGACAUUCUGGAGUUCUUGGUCCAGAGGUGGAAGGUCGCAGAUCUAACCGGGCUAUCCGGAGAAGGGAGAAGGGCUCAGGAUUUUGUCUGCACGUUGGCUCCGAGAAUCAGGCGACUGGAUGAAAGAGCGCAAGCAAGGGCUAAGCAAGCACCUGUUAUUCCUUUCAGCUGGGUUUAUGACCGCAAAGUGCAGCUUUAAUCAUGAUCACCUGAGAAACUGAAACUGCAUCCUAUAUUGGUUUAAGCUAUGGGUUCUCUAUAUGGAAAAAAAAUCUAGGUUAUCUAGCUGGGUAGAAUGCAAUUACCUGUCCAUCUGUCCUCACAAAAUAUGUUAUGUAAGUUGGACAACAGUGUUGGAUGUGUUGUCUGGUGAGAAGCUGAUGCGAGUUGCUUGCCAAUAGCCAUGAAAAGGUUACAUUGCAAACAGGUUGAACUUUAUGUGAGUGAACUUAAAAUGUUGUAUCGAGUAUGAUGGGAUUUAUGUGUACUUCCAGGUUUACAUGACUUGUAUAAGUUUCAAAGUAAUAAUGGAGAUUGUAUACGGACAAGUGUGCACUGUCGCAUGAGUAGCCUCAAAUUCUAAACUGCCUUUUGUGCUCUGAA